CAGUGUUAUCACGGGAGUCGACGGUCUCGCGCGGCGCUGCGGCGGCCGCAGCCCGCAGUCGCGUCGCGCGCACCGUGGCCUCCGCUCCUCUCGCGCCUCCUCCCAAACCUCUUAUCAAAACAUUCAGCCGCCGCUCGGGAUCGAUCCGCGAACGCUUGAUAACGUGACUGUGACUCCAGUGAUACAGUGUUGUUGUGAAACAUGUGAUUGUCAAUUGGGUGCCUUGGAAUACGGGACGAAUUUUUGACAGCUGACAUUUGACUAUUUUAAAGCUCGUAUAGCAGUGAGCGCGUGCGGUGCGACGCGAUGUACUCGUGAACGGUCAUCAUGCGCCUCUUCCGAGGGCCGAAGCGCAGGGAAGUGACCGGGCCGCGAGCCGCAGCGACGCCGGCGCCGUCUCCGUGCCGAGACGCCGCUGGCGCCGGACCCCGCCCGCACGACUUCACCCUAGUCACGGCACUACCAGCUAUGGUCAUGGAGGACGACGUUAGGGAAAUGAAGAAAGUGUUCGCAACGUGGGGUCGUCGUAUGGGAAAAAAGCUUGACAUGCUGAGAAAACCUGACGCAAAAGAAGCUUCACAAGAACAACCUAGUAAUGAAAGCUUUAAUGAGGACUCCCCGAGAAGCAUAUCUGGCCAGUUCAAGAAAAAGCAGCAAUGGAAAAUGGAACGAAGCAGUUCUGAAACUACUUCCUUGAAAAGGGAUAACGACACUGAUUCCAUUAGAAGCGGAUCCCGAGACCGAUCGCCUAGCCCAUUCAAAUCUUUCUUCCAUAGAAUGGGUUCAACGGGAAUGUUAAACUCAUCUAGGUCCCAAACACUAAAUAUCCAUAAAACAUCAGAAAACAGUUAUCCGGUGGCAAGUGGACCUACGCUUUAUCGAAGCUGUUCAACUUCACAUCUAUCUACGUAUGUUAAGGCUGAUGAUCCAUCUGAUGAUAUUGAUUUACAGAACGCUGAUAAUGAUAUUAAAAAGUCUCCUUCAAAGAACAAUAAUAUUUUAACUGAAGAUGCGUUAGUGAAUUCAUCAAAGGCCAUUAGUUGUGAUAAUAUCCCUAAUCUUGAAGGGCAAAGUAAUGGUAUGUGUAAAAAACCAAACUUUCCGUACGCCUUUUUAAGGUCUAAAUUAUCGGUUUUACCCGAAGAAAACAGUAUGGCAUCACAACAACGAACGAGCAGCAUAAGGCAAAGUUACUCCGAAAGAAUAGAUAGAAAAUCACCAAAAUUUCGCAAAGACAGGCUAUUUCUUUCAAAUUCUCGCUCCGAGGAACGAUAUCAAAGCAACGAUAGUAUAUCGGUUCAUGAAGACAUGUUGCUUAAUGCUGCCUUAAGAAAUGAAUACUCUGAUUUCAAUAGAAGUUCUAUGAGAAGUAUCAAUGAAAUCGAUGGCACGUACCCCGCACGGCGACUCGAAGACGUUCACCGACGUUCGUCAAUGAUAUCGCAUAGGCCGCCUUUAGAUUACGAUCCAAUGCUCAUACCGAGAAAUCGAAACAGUUUACCUGUAUAUGAAUAUGGUCCGUAUUUAGGGUCCGUCAGGGACAUAAAAACUGAACUUAUGACAUCGUCUCAAAGUAUACAUCUCGGGCCAGAAAGUACUGAGAUUCUUCAGACUCAUCGACUAAGCAACUAUGUUAGUUCAAAUGAGUCUGGCUAUGACAGCGAUGGACGUCCUACAGAUGAACAUAGCAACCACUCACCGCCAGGAUACUCGAGUCAUAUAUCGCCAGGUACUGUGCGAGCAGAACCAAUUGAUACUACUGGAGAUGUAACUCACGGUAAUUUUUCGAGACAAUUGAGCUUAAACCAUAAAAUUAACGUGAGCAGAGUACAUGUUCCUGCUAGACGGAGUUCUACACCAUGUGCUUUAUUUCCAAUAGAAAAUAGCAUACCUUAUGAAUAUGUAAACAAUAACAGGGAACAGUUUCAUAAGUAUCCCAAUAACCCAUUACAAGUUCUAGAUUAUAAUGAUGCUAAACCACCGCCGCUGCCAAAAAAGACAUUAAACAAAAAAAUACCUUUUGUUUAUAAAACUAUCACACUUGACGAACGUGUGGAAACACGAAAAAUUAAAUUACUUCAUUCCCAAUUAUUGCCAGUAGAACAUUCCUCUAACCCCAAUCUCAGUACUGUAAUACCACCAGUGGACAAUGAAGGCCCCAGUAUUCCUGUACCAGAAACUGAUAUUUUUGGACGGGGACCAUGUACAAAGCGAUUCAGAAAGUUAAGAUUAAUAAAGUCAAGAUUAGAUGAAAGUCUCGGAGUUUAUUUAACGCAACACAGAGUAGACUUCGAUAGCAGUGGCUCUAAUUUUGAGGUACGUUAUAUUGUGGUAAAACUAGAUUUUGACGGCAUAGCGCAUAGGGAUGGAAGACUGCGGAUCGGUGAUGAAAUAGUUAAUGUGAAUGGAAAAGUUCUAAGAGGUCUAUCAUCACUAAAAGAAGUACAGCAUAUUGUUAACUCGUGUUCAACUGAAGCAAAUUGCCAAGAAGGAGCACAAAAAUACCAAGUUGAUCUUGUUAUGGCCCAUGAUGAAAUUACUCCAGUAACAUUAAGUCGGAUAAUAAACAGACAUACUAGCGAUCAAAAUGUGAUAGCGCCUUCGACAUCUAACGUUCCACCUGAUAUAAUUUCGGAAACCGUUCAUAAACCCACGGCUUCAAAUCAAAUAACGAUUGAAACUCAUUUUCCUAGUGAAAACCAAUUUUAUAGUAAUUAUGGAAGUGGUACCAAUAGCACUACCAAUAAUUUCCAGCAUAGUACGCGACGACGAAACAAUAGUCCUUCAAUUCAACUAAAUCAAAAGAGUGAUGACGAAAAAUUAUUAGAGAGGGCUUAUCCGGCACCAUCAGCCACACUGCAAAAUAUUACAAAUAUCGAAAUAUCAAUGAGAUCUUCACCAACACCAAGAAACAGACAUUCAAAUAAUUAUAGACCUAUUUCUCUUCACAAUUCAAGGCCACCUCCUAUGGUCGAGCAGUAUUCAACAAGUAAUGAGAACACAACAAAUGAGAUAAAGGAAAAGUCACCCCAUUACAUAAAACAUGUCCCAAGAUUAUACCAAAACCGAUCAUUUGAAAGCAUUCCUGAGCAACUUCUGAGAAGUAGUAACAGAAGCCGGUUUUUCAAUAGGGUUGGUUCCCAACGCUGCUCUCCAAGCCAUGGUCAUGUGUCUCGACAGCAAGAACACGCAUUAAUGCAGAAUGAGGGACACCAAAGUGGUAUUUAUUCGAACAAUUCUUUGCACAUCGCAGAAUUCUGGAAAGGACAUGGUCAUAAAAGUUUAGGAUUUAGUAUUGUUGGAGGGACCGAUUCCCCGAAAGGACAAAUGGGAAUUUUCGUGAAAACUGUCUUUCCUAACGGACAAGCUGCUGAUAAGGGGACUAUCUUUGAAGGUGACGAGAUCUUGUCAGUCAAUAAUGUGCCAACCCGUGGACUGAGCCAUGCAGGGGCCAUAUCGCUUUUCAAACAAGUUAAAGAAGGAAAAAUUGAACUGACGCUUUCAAGAAGAAGAGCACCUAGGUCAAGAUCUGUGGAACCUCUGGGUAAUUUCCGCUGCGACAAUCUAAAGGAGUGAAUAUUUGGCAGAUGAAUUAGAACCGCGAUAAAAACAAAGUUUGUAGAAAUUUUGAUUAAUAGUGUGCAAUACUUUUUUUUUAUAACAACUAACUGGAGUCACGUAGAAAUACAGUUUUCUGCAAUAACAUUCAAAUAGUAUUCAGAAGAAUGUAUUUUAUAAUAAUUGCGUUCAACGCAUAGUAUUGUACACAAGACGCUAAAUGUUAUAACAACUAUAACAAUCAUUGUACUGUAAUAUUAUCAAUGACUGUUUUCAUACAGAGUUGAAUCUACUUUUGCGACGUAGUCGCUAUACUAUAUGU